AAUAUUUUGACUGAAGCAACUUUUUUUUGAUUGAAUAAUAAAGACACAAAUCUGCCACCAUAUAAAUGUCCUAGCCAAAAUAAAUAAAUAAAUAUUUUGAUUGAAGAAACUUUUUUUUUUAAUUGAAGCAACUGUUUGUUUUUGAUUGAAUAAUAAAGACACAAAUCUACCGCCAUAUUAUGGGUACAGGCAGAGGGGUGGCGCUCGUGUCUCAGAGAGCAAGAGAGGGAGAGAGAGAGAAAGAGCGAAAGAGAGAGCGAGGGGGGAAGAGGCCAAUGGGUACAUGCCGGAGGUUACCACAGGACACUACCGGAACACAACACAACACAACCAGAGCUGACCGCGCCGACUUGUGCUCCGCCAUUCCAAAACCGGAUUUCUAUCCCGUCCCCUGUUAGACACGUAGCGGUAAUUUGAACGUGCCACGGCGCAUCGCGGGCGCGGAUUUUGAUUCUCGGUCACCGCGUAGACUCGUUGAACUGGAGCAAGGUGAGCGGCGCAUGGCACCGACUGGAGUCUGGACCUCUGGCCACUUUAAGCUCCCGCGGGCGGCCAUGGAUUGAACGACACGCCGCUGCCUGGCUGGCUUGGCACAUUUAGAAGCCGAAUGACACUGAGCUUGACGGGCUACCGGGAUUUAAUGUUAGCUAGCGAAUCAAAUCAGAAGUGGUAUUUUUGUUCUUAUUAAUUUAACAGAGGUACGUUUCGGACUUUUUAUGAAGUCAAUACACACCACGUGUGUCGAUAUUGUAACCCAAUCCCCGUUAUUGUUUGUUGUGUUUUAUGAACUUAAAACCCCGCCAGCACGCACGUUCAUUUCCUGGCACUUAUAGCACAGUUUAUGUGAAUAAGACAAGAAAAUAGGUUUAAAGCUUUUGACAGCAAACGGUGCUUUGUCCAGGGUUGAAAGGUCAAAAGGACCGGCCAUAUACUCUUCUCACCUCCCCCUUCCUGCGCCACUAGUCCACUAAGAAGAUGUGAACUCUUGUCUCCGUACCCCGUCUCGCUUUUAAAUUGUUUAUACCUUUUCCAAAAUUCGAGGAACCAAAUAAAAGAAUAAGUCGUGAGGAUGUACGAAAGCGUGGAUGUCGUGGGUUUGAGCCCCAGCCCUCGCAGUCCCAGCAGCGGUUCUUUCCUGAGCAUGGACUACUACCACAGACCACCGGGGUUCGAGCCUGAGAAAGGACUUCUAUCCGGCGUCGGGGGGCUUCAGAGGCCGUUCGGAGGAUCCCUUGUGUCCGGCAGGCACUGGAGUGGAUCUUGUCACUCAAUAGAAACUGAAAGCACGAGUUCUGGAGAAGAUUUGCUGGUCACAAGCCCCCCAUCUCCACCACCUCCGCCGCGCAUCUACAAGCCUUGCUUUGUAUGUCAGGAUAAAUCUUCAGGAUACCACUAUGGAGUCAGUGCAUGCGAGGGCUGCAAGGGGUUCUUUCGGAGGAGUAUCCAGAAAAACAUGGCAUACACUUGUCAUCGAGACAAAGUUUGUGUCAUUAACAAAGUCACACGCAACCGAUGUCAGUCCUGUCGCCUGCAAAAAUGCCUCGAAGUUGGAAUGUCCAAGGAGUUGGUCCGAAAUGACCGGACAAAGAAGAAGAAGGAAGAAAAGAGGCAAGUGGAGGUGGAGGUCUAUGUCUUGUCGGCAGAAACGGAGCAAAUGAUUGAGCGAGUUCGCCGUGCGCACCAAGACACAUUUCCUUCUCUUGGUCAGCUGGGAAAGUACACUACGAGCAACAGUGCUGAGCACCGUGUCCCUCUGGAUGUCAACUUAUGGGACAAGUUUAGUGAACUGUCCACCAAAUGCAUUAUAAAGACAGUGGAGUUCGCCAAGCAUCUGCCAGGCUUCACGACGUUAAGCAUUGCCGAUCAGAUCACCCUUCUCAAAGCUGCCUGUCUCGAUAUCUUGAUUCUGAGGAUCUGCACACGCUACACCCCAGACCAGGACACAAUGACCUUCUCGGAUGGUCUGACGCUCAACCGCACGCAGAUGCACAAUGCCGGGUUUGGACCGCUCACAGACCUGGUGUUCUCUUUCGCCAACCAACUGCUCCCACUGGAAAUGGAUGAUGCAGAAACAGGAUUACUUAGUGCCAUCUGCUUGCUCUGUGGAGACCGUCAAGAUCUAGAGGAGUCAGACAAAGUGGAUGUUCUUCAAGAGCCAAUGCUGGAAGCUCUGAAGCUCUAUGUCCGCCGGAGGAGGCCUGACAAACCUUGCAUGUUCCCUAAGAUCCUCAUGAAAAUUACGGACCUUAGAAGCAUCAGCGUGAAGGGAGCAGAACGAGUAAUCACACUGAAAAUGGAGAUCCCUGGUUCCAUGCCUCCACUCAUUCAGGAAAUGCUGGAGAACUCUGAGGGACUCGAGGGCCAAGGUGCUGGGGGAGGGAAAGGAAGAGACAAAGGUGGCAGGCAACAGGAAAAGCACCAAAAUUCCGCCAUUCCGUCCCCGAUGUCAGUUCCAUCUCCCAGCCAGAGCCCCCCAGUUAGAACCCCGUCCCCUUGCCUCUGAACUUCUACACAUGCGAACUGCUUUGCACAUGACCGCCAUUUGUCAGUAUGAGGUACUAUGAGUGCACCAUCCAUGCAACAAGUUGACGUGGAUCAACUGGAUCGCUGAGCAACUUUAAUGGUAUUGUGGAUGUGCGCAAAACUGUGCUUAAUAAUGAUAGGCUGCAGAUGGGAUUGGUGACUUUUUUUUGCCAGCUGUAGGAACCACGAUAUUUUCAAGACAUAAUGGUUUGUUGCAUUAAAUGUUUAAAAUGAUUUCACGUUUAACCCUUUCAGGGACAGUGGUCACUACAGUUGACAGCUAUUCAAAAGUUGGCACUUAAGACCUUUAAUCCUUAAUAAAGCAAGUGAGCAUAUAUAUUUUUUUUUCCAAAUUACAACUUUUGAGCAUUUAACGUAAAUAAAUUAGCAGUUAUUAUUAUAUAAUUUAUAUAUGAUCUUUAUUCCGGAAUCUCACAGUGGGUCCAUAGCACACACACCAACGAAGAAAAAAAAAGAAUACCGUGCAUACGGAGACGUAGUAUUAAAGUGACUUGAAAGAAAAACAAAACAGAAUAACAAGGAAGCACUGGCUAUCAGUGCACAACAAAUAGGCUUUUGCGCCAACAGCGCCACAGGCUCGAACUAAAUCUAAAGCUCAUUGUAGGGUUUGUAAAGUUGAUUAUAAUAUUAUUUCCAGACUCAUUUAGCCGAAACAUGAAGCUAUACAUCAAUUUUCUUAAAAGCGCCUAAGAGGUGGGUAACCCAGAGCUAACAAAUAAUUGGCUGGCGCUGUACCAUCUAGGCACACGCAUUAACAGCCUCAGGGCAUCACUGUAGGCUACAUUUAGCCUCUGCAUGGAUUUUGCUGUGUACCUUGACCACAGGUGGGCAGUGGAAAACGGUGUGCAGUACGCCUUAAACAGUGAGGUAUUAACGUGGGGGGAGCACAUACAAAAUCUUCUUUUAAGCAUGUUUGCCUGUGCAUAAAGUCUACAACAUUGACGAUGAAUAUCCCUGUCAUCUGACAAGUCUUCAGAUAUGAAGUGGCCGAGGUAUUUAGCUUCACUGCAAAUAUUCAGAACUAUUUUGCCCAGAAAGGGCGGCUAUAUUCCCUCAGUUCUAUCUUCUUUAGAACGUACAAUCAUGAUGUUACUUUUCUGUGCGUUAUAUUUUAUGUCAAAACGGUCACCGAAUUGGGAACAUACAGUGGGGCAAAUAAGUAUUUAGUUAACCACUAACUGUGCAAGUUCUUCCACUUGAAAAUAUUAGAGAGGCCUGUAAUUGUCAACAUGGAUAAACCGCAACAUUGAGAGACAGAAUGUGGGGGGAAAAAAACAGAAAAUCACAUUGUUUGAUUUUUAAAGAAUUUAUUUGCACAUAAUGGUCAUCCCCCCGUGUGGUUCUGGGACUUUUGCCCACCGUUCUUAUCAUUUGGCGCUACGGGGUGAGAUCUUGCAUGGAGCCCCAGAUCGAUGGAAAUUAUUAGUGGUCUUGUAUGUCUUCCAUUUUCUAAUAAUUGCUCCCACAGUUGAUUUUUUUACACCAAGCGUUUUACUUGUUGCAGAUUCAGUCUUCCCAGCCUGGUGCAGGUCUACAAUUUUGUCUCUAGUGUCCUUCGACAGCUCUUUGGUCUUGGCCACAGUGGAGUUUGGAGUGUGACUGACUAAAGUUGUGGACUGGUGUCUUUUAUACCGAUAAUGAGUUAAAACAGGUGCCAUUAAUACAGGUAACAAAUGGAGCCUCGUUAGACCUCAUUAGACCUCGUUAGAAGAAGUUAGACCUCUUUGACAGCCAGAAAUCUUGCUUGCUUGUAGGUGACCAAAUACUUAUUUUCCACUCCAAUUUGGAAAUAAAUUCUUCAAAAAUCAAACAAUGUGAUUUUGUUUUGUUUUUUUCCACAUUCUGUCUCUUAUGGUUGAGGUUUACCCAUGUUGACAGUUACAGCCCUCUCCAAUCUUUUCAAGUAGGAGAACUUGCACAAUUGGUAGUUGACUAAAUACUUAUUUGCCCCACUGUAUUUGGGCACCCCUCUUUGUGCCAACAUAAGAAAAAGUUUGCUGUGAUUGAUCCGAUCGAAGGCUUUAGAUAAGUCAAUGAAGCAUGAAAACAUUGAGUUUAGGCUUUAAUAUUUAAAUAAUAGCUCCUUCAGAGCAAAUAUACACAUAUCGGUUCCAUGUUUCCUUUUAAACCCGAACUGAUUGUCGCUUGUAGAAAUAAAUAUAGCGAUUCUACCCAGUAUGAUUGACUCUAGAACUUUAGAGGCCAGGGCAAUUGGUCUGUAAUUAUCUUUACUAUUGAUUUUACCAGCCUUGUCUUUUAAGAUAGGCACAAGUUGUACUGCCAUCAUAGAGUCAGGUAAGAUGCCAUGCUGAAAGAAACCGUAAAAACAAAAGGCAAGAAGAGGGAUUAUUUUUUGACUGAAUUGUUUUAAUGAGUAAUCAUUAUUGUAGUUUUAAAUUAUUUUAUGGCUAUACCGGUAAUUAUCUUUAAAGCUAAAUUAAUGAAAUUGCUAUGGAUAAUAACAGAAAUACACUGGUCACGGCCCCAAGUAACACUAGUGGCUUAAUGUCCAAUCUAUUUUGACUGAAAGAGUUGAAGCAAUUUAGAAUGAAUUAAGCCAAUGAGUUCACUGUAAGGAUUAAAACAAAUUUAAAUCAUAGUUCGUUCAUGAAAGGGUUAAACCAAAUCUUUUUGUAAAGAUCAUAUGGUUUGUUUUAUUUUUGUUUUGUUUUUUGUCUGGAUAAAAAGUAGUGUUAUUUAACUGCACCUGUCUUGACUUCUCAAUAACAAGGUAUUGUCACAUAUGGACAGAUUUAAUGAAGGAUUAUGGGUUUUAUCUAUAAAUAGAUGCUAACCCUUAUGCAUUUUUUGCCUCUGAAAAGCCAUGUGUGUUAUGCAAAAUCAGUGUUUUGUUUUCUUUUUUUGUAUAUAAAAGAUACUGUGACGGACUGACAAAAGAUAUUUUCUUAAACUUACUCAUGUAUAUAUACAUCAUAUAUUUUAUCUCCCCAAAGCAAAACUGUCUGUUCUUCCCCUAUCCUCAUCAAUAUAUCCCUUGAACAUUUUACUCCACCACCCCCUGACACACAUGGGGGGCGUUAAUCAAUUAUACAGCCUCACUAAAAUGAAAAAUGUAUUGCAGCUAAAAGCAAUUAUGGUUCUGUGUAUCACUUUGUAGCAUCUGUGGAAAAACUACAUCGAGGAGUUGUUUUAAUGCAGCAAACGAUUUAUGUAUGUAAAAAUUGACCUCAUAAGGGGGGGACACUUUAAUCAAACCAGACUGUGAUAUGAGUGCAUGUGUACUGUACUAUAUCUGUACUUGUACCACUGUGUACCACUCUGUAUCAGUUCACACUGCCACUGUCUCACUUUGUAUACAUUGCUCCUGCCGGGUACAAAUCUUUUUACUAUGCCAGUGUUUUCCUUCUUAAAGGGGACCUAUUGUUUGUGUUUACAGCUUUUUAUCUGAUGAAGUAUAAUGCAUGAUUUACUUUUGGAGAACUGUUUUUUUUUUUUACUGUUAUUAUUAUUAUUAUUAAACUGGCUGUCUGUCAUCCUCUCAUUUUGGCCUCUUUGUCUUUAAGCCUUCAAGCCUGACCACUCUAAUGCUUCAUGCGCGAAUUAUGAUUGAAUGUUCAUUUUU